GAGUUAGGCUACUCUUCAUCUCUUAAAAAAAUUUCCCAAGUCUUUCUUGUUCUUCCAUCAAACAAAGCUCUAAUUUUGUUCCUCUCAGUAAGAUAAACAAUAUAUUUUCUUGAACUUGGUUGCUACUAUUUUCUUGAAAUUAUGGGGAGACAACCUUGUUGUGACAAAGUUGGAUUGAAGAAAGGUCCAUGGACUGCUGAGGAAGAUAAGAAGCUCAUUAACUUCAUUCUCAACAAUGGUCAAUGUUGUUGGAGAGCUGUCCCUAAACUAGCAGGGCUUUUGAGGUGUGGAAAGAGUUGUAGACUGAGAUGGACAAAUUAUUUAAGACCAGACUUGAAGAGAGGUCUUUUAUCAGAAUAUGAAGAAAAGAUGGUUAUUGAUCUUCAUGCUCAACUUGGCAAUAGGUGGUCCAAAAUUGCCUCUCAUCUACCUGGAAGAACCGAUAAUGAAAUCAAGAACCAUUGGAAUACACACAUCAAGAAGAAGCUGAAGAAAAUGGGAAUUGAUCCAGUCACUCACAAGCCAAUCUCCACUGCUACUACUGACCAAACAAACAUAUUAGAACAAGAAAAUCAGCCAAUUCAACAGGAAAAAAUUCAAGAAAUAUUAAUGCCACAAAUGGAUAUUGAAAGUAGUCCAAUUGAUCAAUCAGCAAUUACAGAGAUCAAAUCUGAAGACGACGAGAACAACAACAACAAUAAUAAUGACACAGGGACAAGUUGCGCUAAUAAUUUUGACUCAAUCAUAGUGGAAGUCAACAAUAAUGGCUUUUGUACAGAUGAAGUUCCAUUGAUUGAACCCCAUGAAAUUUUAGUCCCUACUUCUCAAGAAUCAACUCCAUCAACAUCAUCAUCUUCAUUUUCAGCAUCAUCAUCAUCCAGCAUUCUUGAAGAUUUGAAGUUUUUGCCAAGCUUUGAUGAAUGGCCAAUGGAAAAUAAUAACAUGGGAUUUGGCUGGGAAAUUAAUGAUUUCAGCAGUACGUUGGAUUUCUUGCUUGACGAUGAUAGUGACAUGACAAAUAAUGUCACAUUUGACGAAUGUUGGAAGUUUGAGCAACUCUUGUGAUAUAAGUUUAUUCGAUAUGCGGAGUUUAAUUAAAAACUGUUUUUUUUUUCUUCUUUUGAUUGUGUCACUUUUUGUUAAUAGUAGUUUUGGUUGUUAAUUACAUGCAGUGAAGAAGAAUAAAAAGUCAAAAAAGUAUAUGGGGAGAAAACACGAAAGCGCCAUAUGUAUCAAAUAUUUGUUCUACUUUUGUUGUAAAAAACUCUUUUGUUCUUAUAAUGCACAAAUCAGAAUAUAUUGCCCUUACAUAAAUGAAUGGAAAGGUUAAUUAUAUUCUGAUCA